GCUCCAGAGGUGGGGCAGAGACAGAGAGCAAAAUUUCAACAGGAAUGGGGAUAACCGUCCGCGAGGUGUAAGCUGUCACGGUCAUCGUGGCCAAGAUCUGGAUCCCGGGAGAACAAGUUUACGCAUAUGAACUCCCCCUCUGGGGACCGUAUGCCGAUGACUCGGCUCACCGCGCACCACCGUGCGUCUCGAUCGCGGGAGGUUGGCUGCAAAACAAAACCUGUUCUGAGCGGAAGAUGAAGAUGAUCGCUAGUGACAAGCAACGUCGGGUGGACGCGAUCAUUUGAAGCGCGGGGAUGGUUCACCCGGCAAAGGGAAGGUUAUCGCAGAUUGAAGGUUUUUUGGACGCGAUGGUUGUCUUGGUGGUGGUAGCAUGGUUCGGUGUGGUGGAAGCUGUGAUUAUUGCGUACCGGGGAAGCAGAGAACACUGAUCGCGCGAUCGUUGUGGUCGUGCGGUGGCAUCGUAGCAGCGAUUGAAUACCUUAGAAAAUAGACCGAUGGUUCUAGCAGAUACAGUCCUCCGCCAACGCUGAGGAGCAACGGUUGUGCAUCCAGAUCGACUCCAGUGCAGACGAGAGUCGCUUCACUGUGCCUGUGUACAAAACAGAUCAAGCGUGUCAGAUCAGUACGAAUGCGAAAUAUGACCGGCGAACGUGUGAUGGGUUUGCUGAUCGUAGCCCUCUUUGCAGCGGUUGGGCAAAGUGUUACGGCGCUAGAGUUGGGCCAAGAUUGUGUGAAUCCUGUCGGUCAGCCGGGCAAGUGUGUCCUCUUCAGAGAGUGUCAACCCUUGAUCACCAUCUACAACAAACCGAUCAAUACGCCGGACGAUACGCAAUUUCUGACGGAAAGUCGUUGUGGCGUUUUCGAGCGCAAAACUUUGGUCUGUUGUGCGGGUGUGAAGGACUCGGGCAAAACAUCACUGCCGGAACCACCGCACUGUGGCAUCCAGCUGUCGGAUCGUGUGAUCGGUGGACAGCCGACCAAAAUCGACGAGUUCCCGUGGACGGCGCUGAUCGAGUACCAGAAACCGGACGGACGGUUCGGGUUCCACUGCGGUGGAUCCAUCAUCAAUGAGCGUUACAUCGUUACGGCCGCUCACUGCAUCAAUUCGAUUCCGCGAGGCUGGAAGGUCCAUCGUGUCCGUCUGGGCGAGUGGGACCUAAACUCUUCGAACGACUGCGAGGAUGACUUCUGCUCCAGCGCACCAAUCAAUCUGGACAUCGAGAAGAUCAUCGUACACACGGGUUACGAUACGCGGGACAAGAGCCACCACAACGAUAUUGCGCUGAUACGCUUCAACCGGGAAAUUCACUACUCGGAGACGGUUCGCCCUAUCUGCCUACCACUGUCCGCGUCCAUCCGCAACCGUAAGCAUGCGGGCCUGUCGAGCUAUGCGGCCGGGUGGGGCAAAACAGAAACGGCCUCGGCGAGCACGAAAAAGCUAAAGGUGGAGCUGAACGUGGUGGAUCUGAAGGACUGUGCGCCGGUGUAUCAGCGCAGCGGUAUCUCGCUCGAUUCGACACAGAUGUGUGCCGGUGGAGCACGGUUGAAGGACACGUGCAGCGGUGAUUCCGGUGGUCCACUGAUGCGACAGCUCACCGGCUCAUGGUACCUGAUCGGUGUGGUCAGCUUUGGGCCACAGAAGUGUGGUACGGCCGGUGUACCGGGCGUGUACACUAACACGGCGGAGUAUGUCGAUUGGAUACGGGACAACAUCUACCUGGGAGAAUCAUGUCUGAAUCCUGUUGGAAAACAGGGCACGUGUGUCCUGUUUCGUGACUGUCAGCCGCUGAUUGACAUCUACAAUAAACCCGUAUCUACGCCUGAUGAUAUUCAGUUUCUCACGGCUAGCCGAUGCGGAAUGUUGCAACGGAAAACAUUGGUUUGCUGUCCGGCGUCCAGCAAGAAAGCACCACUACCAGAAUCUCCCCACUGCGGCAUACAAGUGGUCGAUCGUUUGAUUGGUGGUCAAUCGACCGAGAUAGAUGAGUUUCCGUGGACGGCAUUGAUCGAAUAUCAGAAGCCGGACGGAACGUUCGAUUUUCACUGUGGAGGUUCCCUCAUCAAUGAGCGCUACAUUGUCACCGCGGCACAUUGCAUCAAUUCGAUCCCUCGUGGCUGGAAGGUCCAUCGUUUACGACUCGGUGAGUGGGAUCUGUCAACUGCUCAGGACUGUCAGGAUGGGUACUGCUCGAAUGCACCGAUCGAUCUGGACAUUGAGGAGAUCAUCGUCCACAGCAACUAUGACUCGAAGGAUCAGAGCAAUACCAACGACAUUGCACUGAUCCGGUUCACCCGACCGGUGCAGUACUCACAGACCGUACGCCCCAUCUGUCUACCGUGGACCGCAUCUCUUCGCAGCCGUGAUCAUGUCGGACAGCCGAGUUGGGCAGCCGGCUGGGGCAAAACGGAAACAGCCGUGGCGAGCGAGAAAAAGCUGAAGGUUGCGCUGAACGUCACUAGCUUGAAGGAUUGUGCUCCCAUUUUUGGGCGAGGUGGCAUUUUACUGAAAUCAACACACAUGUGUGCCGGUGGUGUGCGCGGUAAGGAUACGUGCAGCGGUGACUCGGGAGGUCCACUGAUGCGACAGCUCACCGGUGCGUGGUAUCUGAUCGGUGUGGUCAGCUUUGGGCCACAGAAGUGUGGUACGGCCGGUGUACCGGGCGUGUACACUAACACGGCGGAGUAUGUCGAUUGGAUACGGGACAACAUCUACUAGAUUGGCAGGACGUCUGAUUGCUAUCCACAAAAGAAAGUGACUUGUAAUGUGUGUUUAAGUGACUAAUCUAAACCGUAGAAAUAAAAUAUUCGGAUGAAUCAAAUCUUGAA